AUGGCGCGCGCGUCCCGGCGCCCUAGCCCCCGCCCCCACGCCAGCCCCCGCCGCACUGCGGACGGAAGCCCGGACCGAAGCCUCGCGCCCCGCCGGGGCUCCCUGUCCUUCGGCCCCGCGCGCGCCCAGCGCCCCCGCCGCAGCCGGAGCCGCGCCCCGCGUCCGACACCCCCGGCGCGCCCGCGCAGCCCCACGCCCCGCGCCGGCCGCCGCUCCGCGCGCUCCAAGCUCCACCGCCGGCGACCCCCACCCGCACAAAGCCCGGAGCAGCAGCCCCCCGUCUCCCGGGGCAACCUCAGGACGCUCGGCGGCGCUGCUGGGGGCGGGAGCCCAGUUCGAUCCUUGGGGCCACUCCUGGGGGUUCCAGACCACACCCUGGGACCUGCGGACCUGCCUAGACCCGCCCCGGCCCUAGACCCGCCCCAGCCCCGCACCUGCCCUCGGAUCCCCGACCUGCCCCCCAACCCCAGACCUGCCUUCCGGGCCCACGCUAGCCCCCCAACCCCGCGCAGGCCCCUGCCCCAGGCUUGGAUCCACCGCCGAUACGCUCUCCGUGCAGGGCCCGGAGCCCGGGGGAAGAAGGGCGAGCUGCCAGAGGCUGGAACGGAGCCGGGGGAAAGGAAGAGGCUGCUGUCCGCCUCCCCGGAGGGAGAGUGGAGAGAGGACAACAAAUUAAAACGAGGAAUUUUCCAAGACUGGUCUCCUUCCCUCAAAUUAGACAAAUACAAAAUAGCGAAGCAACUGACAGAAAAGGCAAUCAAGGAGAAGAAGAUCUUCUGCAUCUACGGGCACUACCCCGUGAUCCGAGCCGCCCUGCGCAGGAAGGGCUGGGUGGAGAAGAAGUUGCACCUGCUGCCCCGGCUCACGGCCAGCGGCGAAGCGGAGGGGGGCGCUGGUAGGUACGGCAGACGUGCUGACGGCAAAGAGAACCAGGACGUGGCCGUGGGGGAGACAGACGACAUCCACGACAUGAUGUCCAGGUUGGUGAGAAACGAGACGCCCUACUUCCUCUGGACGAUCAAGAAAGACGCCGUCGACUACCACAGCCUGAGUGGCGACCAGGCGCUGAACCACUACGGGAAGACGGCGUCCUUCACCACCAAGAUCGGGCUGUGCCUGAACAUGAGGAGCCUGCCGUGGUACGUCCAGGACAACCCCGAAACCUUCUUCCCGCGCUGCUACGGCCUCUGCUCCGACAGCGAGAAGCGAGAGUUCCUGGAUGACUUCCGGCGCACGGCGGCCUCCAGCAUCCUCAAGUGGGUGGUCAGCCAGCAGCACUGCUUCAGGGGCAAGGCCCAGAGCCGCAGGGCCGCGGCGGCCGCGGCGGCGGCGGCCGGCGACGGUGACCCCAGCAGCCAGAAAGGUGCCACGGCAGACGACCCGGGGCCCACGGGCCUGUCGGGGCAGCUGGUGGACACGGCGUGCCGGGUGUGCCAGGCGUACCUGGGGCAGCUGGAGCACGAGGACAUCGACGUCUCUGAGGACGCGGCUCAGGGCCUGACGGAGGAGGAGUGGCAGGAGCUGACCCAGCAGUACUACUCCCUCAUCCACGGCGACGCUGUCAUCUCCGACCCCAGAAGCCACCUGUCGCGGUGCCAGGCCCUGCUGAACAGGAUCUCGGCCGUGAGCCCGCAGACCGAGAUCGACGGGCUCCGCAACAUCUGGAUCGUCAAGCCCGCGGCCAAGUCCCGGGGCCGAGACAUCGUGUGCAUGGACCGCGUGGAGGACGUCCUGGAGCUGGUGGCCGCGGACCACCUGUCGGCCAAGGACAACAGGUGGGUGGUGCAGAAGUACAUCGAGACCCCACUGCUCAUCUACGACACCAAGUUCGACAUCCGGCAGUGGUUCCUGGUCACAGACUGGAACCCCCUGACCAUCUGGUUCUACAAGGAGAGCUACCUGCGGUUCUCCACGCGGCGCUUCUCCCUGGACAACCUGGACAGCGCCGUGCACCUCUGCAACAACUCGGUCCAGAGGCACCUGCCGAACGACAAGGGCCGCAGCCCCCUGCUGCCGCACCACAACAUGUGGACCAGCACCACGUUCCGCGAGUACCUGCAGAAGAAGGGCCGCGGGUCCGUGUGGGGCAGCGUCAUCUACCCGUCCAUGAAGCGGGCCGUCACCCACACCAUGAAGGUGGCGCAGGACCACGUGGAGCCGCGCAAGGGCAGCUUCGAGCUCUACGGCGCCGACUUCGUCCUGGGGCGCGACUUCCGGCCCUGGCUGAUCGAGAUCAACUCCAGCCCCACGAUGCACGCCUCCACGCCGGUCACCGCCCGGCUGUGCGCGCAGGUGCAGGAGGACACCAUCAAGGUGGUCGUGGACCGGAAGGGCGACCGCAACUGCGACAUCGGCAACUUCGAGCUGCUGUGGAGACAGCCUGCGGUGGACCUGCCGCAGGUCCACGGGUCCGACCUCUGCGUGGAAGGUGUCGGCGUUCGGAAAGCCAAGAAGCCAAUGCCGCCCAUUCCCAACCCUCACUUCCUGUCGCCGAUCUUGGACAUCCAGCCGGUGAAAGUGAGGUGCCCUUCGGCCCUGUCGGAGCGGGCGCCCGGACCCCCGCGCACGGCCCUCCCGCAGCCCUGCAGCCUCAGAGACAGAAAGGUACCUGCCGGCCCCCCGCCCGGGCCCCUGCCCUGCUCCCGGCCGGUCCGGCGGGAGGACACAGCUCCCGGGGCUGCCCGCCGGGCCGCUCACCCGGCCCUGGGAGACAGUCCCGGCCGGUUCCCGCAGCGGCUUCCCGCCGCAGGGCCCAGGCGCGCCCGCUGCCCACCCCAGACCCUCCGCCCCUUCCCGCAGGGGAGCGGGGCAUUUGCAUGGCGGCUUCCUGCUUCCCCCUCGCCCCCCGCCGGCUUCGGGGCGCAGCGGGGCGAGCGCCUGUCCCCGGGUCUCCGGCCGCUGGUCCCGGGCCGCCUCCGGGCCGUCCUCGCUGCGCCAGGCUCCGGGACACCGAUCCGUGUGCCGAAACCCCCCUUGCCCAGCAAGGUCCUGGACGGGCUGGCACGGAGCUCAGCCCGCCGCAGAGUGGACGGUGGCCCCCGCUGCCGGCGCAUCCCCAGCUGCCGGCGGGAGACACUCUGUCGGCCCGUGCUGAGCCCCUGGCCCUGA